AUGUCUAACUUAUUGUCAUUACCAGAAGUUCCAUCACCAAAAUUAAUCCCAGUAUUAACUUUCAAUUUAAAAUUAAAAUCAGAUCCAAAACUAAUCUAUACAAAUACAAUAAUUGAUAAUACAUUAAAUUUAGCUACUAUUACUGAAGGAGAAAUUAGAGCAAUUGAGGGAAAUGAAUUAGGGUUUAAAUUUCAAAUUAAUGAUAUAUUUGGUACUGAUGAUUUAAAUAUUAAACCAUCAAUUAACACUGCUUAUUUAGAUUGUAAAUUAUAUGGUAAAUCACCCAAUGGAUCAGGAGUUAAGAUUAUUUAUGGUGGUAAAGUACAAUUAAAUAAAGCAUCAAUUGAUGUAUUAGAUGGUUCUUCAUCAAGUGCAUCAAUCGCCGAAAGUUAUGUUACUUGUAAUCCAAAUUUUAUAUUUGAUGAUUCUAUAGAAGAAGAAUUUAAAUGGGUUUUAAAAGAAAAUUUAAUUGGAAAAGGUAGAUUUGCAAGAGAUAAUGAUAAUAAUCUUUAUGUUCAAUAUUAUAUCUAUGUUAUUAGAUAA